AUGGAUAUUUGUACCGCGAUUUUCUCUGUCUUUGCAGUUGUUCUUUUGUUAGCACUUGUAGUUAUUGUACGAAGUGUGUAUGUUUUGAAGAGAAGAGGAAAUAAUGUGGCAUUGGACAAGAGAAAAUCCGUGAAGGUGAUGGUUGUCGCAGGCUCAGGUUCGUCCUCUCGAUCUAAUAUUAAAAAUUCUUCGAUUUGGAUAGCGAAACAGACACGUUUGUGAAGUAAGCAACGAAAAUGCCUGUUGUCUUUGUCGUGACUGAAACAGUAAGCAAAGGCCAGUGAAGGCUUGUAAUAAUCAACAGCUCGAUGUUGUUUGCGGGGAGUGUGGGUGGGUGGGGGAGGGGUUGGGUGUAGGGUGGGAGAGUGGUAGUGGUAAUGAAGUUGUGUAACUUACUUGUUCUCAGACAACAAUACACUGAAUUUCAUAUUCCCUGCCUGUUCUGUCUCUAAAAUGGCAUUUUCUUUUUUCUUAUUGUUUUAGAGAUAGGCUCUCAGUCAUUUUUAUUAUUGGCUAGCAAGUUUUAGGUCUGAGCAUCCAAAGAGCACCAUUUUCAGAUUAUAACAGGCUAAGAACGUACCAACAGGGCUGCUAAAAGGAUUUUCCCCUACCCCUCUCUAUCACUCCCCCCUCCUUCCUCCAGUUGGAGAAAUCAUGACCCCCCCCACUUCCUCAUCUGAAUGAUCCGAGUUAGAAAUAUAAUUGUGGGCUUUAUUGGAUUCAGUGAAACACCUACUAUACUUGUGUGAAUUAGGAAUGGACCAUUAGAAAAGUUAUGGGGGGGCGGGGGGAUUUUCGAGCUGCAGGAAUUUUUUUUCGUUAUCAAAUUCCUUGUAUGAAUUUUUUUUGGCUAUAGCAUGAAUAUUUUUCAGGGUUAAUUGGCAUGCAUGAAUUUUUUUAAAUUCAAUUUUCCCUUGUGCGAAUAUUUUUUUUGUACUUCGCCUGCCCUGCCCCCCAUAAGUUUUCUAAUGGUCUGUCCCUUAAACAAUACUGAUGUGAUGUGUUUUUAAUAAUUAUAUUUUGUUUUCUUAAAGGAGGACACACAACUGAAAUGAUGAGACUUCUUGGGUCACUUUCUUCUUAUUACCAGCCCCGCAUCUAUAUUGUCGCUGAAACUGAUAAAAUGAGUGUUGAAAAAAUUACCACUUUUGAACAGGAGAAAACAAACAGAGGAGGUUCUGAGGUAGAUAUUAAUAAAUCAUUGUAAGAAAGUAAGGUAUUGAUUAGCAUUUCCUUAUGUAACUUGAAAAAGACAACAAUUUAUUUUGAUUACUUUACCUCUGAAAUGAUCCCUUUCUUCUGAAGUACCCCAUGAGGAGAUAAACCACAUCCCACCUGGGUCUGCAUCCCGAUUUAAUAGAUGAGUGAAGUCAUGACCGAAUUAACACCCCUGACUGGAACUCAUUGCUGCCCUUCUCAGGGAUAGUAAUCAGUGUAAAAAAUAUUGGAAACUGUCCCCUACCCUUACCACUAGGUCUAGAUGUUUUACUGUUUAUAAAUACUGCAGUCUUACUCUCAUGUCUUACUUGAGAUACCCAUUAGCACUUAGACAGGGUGCAACUGAACUGAGAAAUGAGAAAUGCUGCUUUUUGAUGUCAAGCGUUUUUUCAGUUGCAUUGCAAUACUCAGUGAUACUGAGUUGUCAAAGUGAUAAAAAAUUAAUAAUAUAAAAAGUUUAUGCAAUGUAUAUGUUAUGAUUCAUAGUAAAAAUUUUGAAAAUCAAUUGGUGCCCUUUCUUUUUCAGUUUAAAAUUCUUAGAAUUCCUCGCAGCAGAGAAGUGCGUCAAUCAUGGCUUUCAACAAUCUUUACAACAUUGAAUGCAAUUAUCUUUUCUUUUCCUGUUGUAUUUUGGGAGAAACCAGAUUUGGUAAGAAACUGAUCCUACUGAUGAAAGAAGAUCAUUGUUGGAGCAUAAAAAGCUACACAACCAUGCUUUAACUCUGCUUUUUAAAUUUCUCUCCAGCUUCUUUGUAAUGGUCCUGGCACAUGCAUUCCAAUAUUUUUAGCAGCUUUUGCCCUGAAGGUAAGAUAAGUUUAUUAUUAUUAUUAUUAUUAUUAUUAUUAUUAUUAUUAUUAUUAUUAUUUGUAUAUAUACAUAAAAAAAAAAAAAUUAGUAAAACCACAGCUUUUAAACCAACCACAUCAUCAUAAUGAUAAAGUUUAUACCAGUGGUAGGUUGGCAGCUUAAGCAUGCUGCAGUUUUUUCCCAUUUUUAAUUUUUUUGUUCCAUUUUUCCAUUUUACUGUAAAUGGUAUACUUAAGCCACUCCUUAUGGCAGCUAGUUUAUGCUAUGCACUUUUCUCAACAAUUUUAUGGAGCUUGAUGAUGAGCAUGUAUUGUGUCUUUGGUUAGCUUUGGUUUAUUUUUCCUUGUGCUACAGAAACAUUUGAAGUGGUGGCUUAACUCUUGAAGUCCCAAUAACUACAUACAAAUUCUCCAGACUAAUAUCCAUACAUUUCGUCAAAGAAUAACUUGAAAGAAUUUGAUCAAAGACCAAUGCAUUUUCCCUUUGGUGAUCAUUAUUGUAACCUGUUUUUUUCAAUUACAUUGGUAUUUUAAAUGAAGAUGUGAUUCAUCACAGUGGUAAUUGCAAUUUAAGCAACCACAAAUAAACCCUAAAAAAAUUGGGUCUUCAAAACUUCAACCAUAGGUUCGAAUCCUGUUGAAGUCCUGAAAUUUUUUCAGGUUUAUUUGCAAAAUUGCUUCAAUUGCCAUUACCACUGCGAUGAUCACAUCUUCAUUUAAAAUAUCAAUGUAAUUGAAGAAAAUAGGUUGUAACAAUAAAUAUAUAAAAAAUAAAAAUUACCACUGCAAUGAUCAUAUCUUCAUUUAAAAUUUGUAUUUCCGCAGUUCACAUUAUCUUCAUUUUACAUUGGUGUUGGAAGGAGGAAUAUUGAUGUUGGCCUCUUUUGGAACUUAAAGGCUUAAAUUCUGAAUCCGUAAUAGGUGUACCCCUUUUGGACAUAACCUCCCCAAAUUAGGCGAUAAUAAGUAGUUCGCCCCCACAUCAUGGGAGGGGGGUGGGGUAAAGAGUAAGACACCUUGUAGAACAACAUGUGUUAACUAAUAUUAUCAUAUUCUCUUCUUCAGGUCACUGGUGUAAGGGAUGUAAUCAUAGUAUUUGUGGAAAGUAUUUGCCGAGUAAAGACAUUAUCAUUAUCAGGGAAAAUUAUGUAUCACUUUGCUGAUCACUUUUUAGUUCAAUGGAAACAGCUUCAAGUGAAUUUCCCAAAGGCGAGAUACCUUGGAAGACUUGUGUGAUUAGAUUUUUGACUAUUUAAGGAUUUUUAAAUAAAAUACUCAUUCCUGUGCAAUGGAGUAGUCAUUAGUAUAACCCCCCCCCCUUCCACUGGGCUUUUCUGCUGUGCCUUGCUUCCAUCAAAAACUUGAGAACUGGCAUCUGCAUUCAACCACUGAUGACCAUGCAUGUGUCCCAGAAUUAUUUUGCAUCCUUGUUAACUUAGUUUCUCCAUUGUAAAAUGAACACUUUUCUAAACAAACGUAUGGGCUUUUUACUCAGUGAAUCUCUUUGGCAGGCAUCUCUGUAAGAUGGACUUAAAGUGCAAAAAGACAUUUGUGCUUGUCAUUGCGAAGGGAGCUGGUUGUGCUUUAGUGCAAGGCACCUACUUUGUCUAGAUUUUAACCUAAAAACAAUAAUAUGCAUUUUAGUAGAAAAAGAAAUCGCCAGUUAACUAGAUUGAUUGUUUCUAGAGUAAUGCCCAAUGAAGGAAAUUGUGUUUCAGAGCUUCCAGGGGAUGUCCCAAGAUCCCCCUCCCUCGCAGCUUGUGCCCCAGGGGCAGAUUUUACCUUGCGUAUGAUAAAAAUAUGGCUAUGGCCAUGGUCCUGGCUGACCAUGUGAGUGCAUGAAACCAUCAAUUUUUUGUGGCCAAGGAGUAAACUGAUAAGCAAAAUUAUAGAAGACAGUAAAUGCUUUGAUUGAACAAACAGGAUUAUUUGUUUUGCUUUUAUUUGGUGAACUUUAACCCUUCUAAGGGUUAAUUAUUAACCCUUUCACCACCAGAGGGCUUGAUGGAGCUUUGUAAGGUGACUCUAACUUUUGAGUCUGUGGACAAAAUCCUAUGAUUUCACCAUUCAAAUGAAAGUUCUCUGCCUGUACUUACACAUAGCUCUAUUUGUUUUUCAAAAUUUCACAGACUGAAAUUUGAAAAUUUGGUCAAAAUUUGCUUUUGGCUAAAUUUGGCAGUGAAAGGGUGAAGAUAAGAUUGCUCCCAUGUAGUCAGUGGAGAGAACUGUGCCUCCCAUUUAUCAAAAUUCUUUUGAGGAAAACUCAGUGGGUCCAAAUAAUGUUAUUGUGAUCUCUGGAUAUUAAUUCCUACUGUUUUUUAUUAGACCAGUGUGGAAAUGAGCAUUAGUACACAGGCUACCCAAGGACAAUUUCCUGGGAAGUCUGUGACACUGAUAGUCAUGUCAACUCUUCAUAUUUUUACAGUCUUUUCUUUUGUUAUUUUAGAAACUGGUAAACAUUUACACUUAAUGAUACAAAUUAAAUGACUGAAACAAAUUAAAGAAAAAAAGGUUGUUAUCUUUUUAGGAAAGAUGCGACUUUCUGUUCCUUAGGUAUUGAGUUUACUAAAAGUUCUGCAAGUGUUUCAGACUACUUCUAGUUUGGUCCAGAAAAUAGCCAUACACACCAGAAUUGAUUUUGUAUUGAGGCAUGGCCCCAAAAUACAGUUAGGUUUUGCAAAUCUUUCCUAUCUUUAAAUUAAUGACAACUGGAGGAGAUAAUUGACAUGAUUAAAAAAGCAAGCAGAAUUUGGGUGUUUAGCUCUCCCUAAAGAAUCAAAGGCAUGUGACCUUCCUGUACUGCUCGCAGGGUCCUCCAUCCUAACAACCCAACUUGUCCUUAAGUAAAGGUUUGUCUGCAAAACUAGAGUCAACCAACGCAUUUGCUCUUAGGACUCUUCUUAACUACUCCAAAUCGACUGCUUACGAAGAGCUACUUAAAAUUGUACAUAUCAAAAGCUUGGAACAUCGACGCAUAGAACAAGCACUGAUACUUGUAUACAAUAGCAUUUAUAACCAGGCACCGAACUACAUUCGGGAAAUGUUUUUACUGCGAAGCAAUGGUUACAGCCUAUGGGGCCAUCUUUAUAAGGUUGUUCUUCCAAGAUCGACCUCAUCUUAUAUGCAACAUUCUUUCACGUACCAGGCUGGUAAACAAUGGAACAGUCUACCAGACAAAAUAAGGAUGUCGGAGGCCCUCUCUAUCUUUAGGAAAAACUUACAAAACAUACAGUUGUCUUCAUCGUAUGACUACAACUGUGAAUUUUGUAAAUAGACAAUCUGAUUACCAAUAUUUUCUCUUUUUAAAUUAUUAUUAUUUUUUAGUUGGUUUAAUUUUUCUAUUUCUUAUUUUUAUUCAUUACUUGUACAUGUAGAUUAUGUAAAUCAUCACGUUGUAAUUUUUAUGGCACAUUUGCAUUUAAACGAGCUAUCGCUCAUAUGCGAUACGGGUUAAAUAAAAUUACUUACUUACUUACUUACAUCCCAACUUGUCCCCCCACCCAUUAAGUAGAUUUGAUACUCUCCCCACAUUGAACUUUUAUUUGAAACCAAUAUGGGUGCUCGUGAAUUUCUCGAUGUCGACGAUUGUAUAGAAAACAGAGGACUAUAAAACAGUCUAUGUAAAGCUAGAUUUUCUAGAGAGAUACCGGUACGUAAUAAGGAGCUUUUUGUUUUUGUUGGAGCUCGUGACAAUUAACCGGAAGUCUUUUGUUCUUGUGAAAAUAUUCGAGGAGGCCGCCACUACCAAAUAUGGAUUGUAAAUCGAUGACGUCGUCUCUAUCUCACGAAAGCCUUCCGCUCUCUCGAUGAUCAAAAGUGCUGUUUCAUCAGCAAUUUUCUUAUUUUCGUUUAGUUAGGGAAAGAAAUACGGCGUUUGUAGGUGAGUAGUUUUUUAAGGUUGUUAAUAUGUAAAUUUAUCCGUGUGGGUCGAGCAUAUGUUUACAUCUUAUCCGGAUCUCGUCAGCUGGGUUCGCUGUAAAAGUAGCUAUCGUUCAAUCAAGGCACUGGAAAUUAUACAAGGUCUUGUUUUGAUUUGAAAGUCAUCUCGGCAAACAAUGUCUAAGCGCUUCUAUUUUUUAUUAGAUCCAAGUAAAGGGACAAUAUUUAAAAUACCUUUUCGUUUUAAGGAAAUUUCCCGUUAAAAUUCCUAAAUCUUAUGCCUCAAGAUCCAUGCAAGUUCGAACUUGUAAUGUUUACUGUCUGUCUCGCACAUGAGAAUUGUUAUAAGCCUGAUAAAUGAUCAAAGUUAGUGAAUAGUGGGUGAGAAAAUGUAUUUUUCGUUUGAAAUCAAUGCCGAAAUUUUGGAUCUAUAAAAAACGAGAACUUAAGGUGGUGUUGUACCCGCUGUUGGUGGUCGAGUAACUCCAUAAGCAAAUGUAAAUUUCUUGACACCAUUCUAUUCCAAUACAUUUUUAAAGCCUCUGCCUCGGUUUAAUAAUUUAACGGGAAAAUUUAUUUAAUCAGGAGUGUCUUAUAACAAAUCACAUUUUCUAUGUAGCGUUGAGUCGGCUGUCUUAAACUGAAAAGUGAUUUUCUUUUAUCGAUCUUCAACAAGUUGUUCCUUAAAAAUAUUCCUCAAUGGAAUCCACAUGAUCAACUUUUUGGUGAAUAAUUUAUGAGCCUAAUAAACCUAAUAUUUCCUGUCAGUAGAGGAUUCUAACCGAAACUGGUAAGUCUUUUGUCAAAAAGUAGCGAAAUUGAAUGAUAUGUAUAAAAUAAUUGUCUUAACUUGUUGUUAACAAGAAAGUACGAACUAUCCCGCCCACAAGUGUCAAUAUGCGAUUUUGCGGUUAAACGAAUGAUGAUAAAAUUUUAUUACUAUUAUGACAUAUACUUUUGUUCUUGUACCAUUCAUCUAAAAAAUAUGUGGAUGCUGAAAACUGUCACAUUUGAAGUUGAAAGGUGUGAAUAAGUACUUAAAGAUACUUUUAUUACAGGCUUAGACUUGAUCAAAAGUAAAGUGAAGUGCAAAUAUUAUCUUCAUUGGAUUAUUCUGAUUCUUAUUUUUUUUUACUAUUACAUUAUUAAUGCAUUUUGGAUUUCAAAAGAAAAAGUAAUUAGGUUUUUCAGGCCGAACUCAAAAACAAGGAGAAUGCACCGAAUGAAAGGUUAGGAAUUUGUUAAGGAGCUUUUCCUGUAUAUUGCUUUCAAUACAAAACGAUAUAUCUUUUAAGUAUCUAUUUUAUUCCAACCAACAAGGAAUGUUGUGAUAUUGCUUGGAGGGUCUGUUUUAAACAAUGCCUUCUACAAAUAAUAUUAUGGGAAAAUGUAUUUUGUUCUGUGAAAGCCCCAUUACUUGUAUUAGUAGUGAUAGUGCAGGAAGUGAGUUCGUUGGCGAAGAGUUUUAAGAUUUUUUUCCGUGUUGUGUGCGUUUGCUCUUAUACUUUUUGAGAUUAUAUUGGCUGCCUCAGCAAACACGUUGUAAAUUAGAAAUUUUGUAGAUUUUGAUUGUUUUUAGCACCCUCAAAAGUACUUCAUAGUUGAAAACGAUGAUUCAUUUGAAUGCUUUCUGUAAACAACAUCCUUUUGCAACAAAUAUUAUUUUGAUCACGUUUUCAUCCUUGUCCUUUACAAGUUUGAUUUACAGCGCUGUGUAGAUGACAGAUAAUAUUUAAAAUAGCUCUUAGAUUUAUGCAAGUGGCAACAAAAUUAAAACAAGAAAAAAUAAAACAAGCAUGCAAAAAAUCCUCUUGGACUUCACUAUACAGACUGACUGAAGAAUAAAACUCCACUACAAUGUAACUGGAUAUCACCAAUGUGGACAAGAAGACAAAUCAGUGCUUGCCAAUCAACAUUGUUGUGCCUGGAGAUGAUAACCUCGCCAAGAAAGAAUUUGGAAAGAUAAACAACUAUGCUGACGUCAGAUUGGAAGGAGAAAGGAUAUAAAAAACACAACUGCAUUGAUCCCUGUAGUGAUUUAUUGCACACAUAAGAGAACUGGAUGAUUAAUUAACAUUACUCCCAAAUCUCCCUACUUUCUUGAUGAAUUAGGAUCCAAGACAGUAUACAACUGGGUUAUUUUAGGAAUCAGUCAGCAGGGUUUUUGUCCAAUACUGCAACACUGUGACGUCACAGUAAAGAAUAGCUUAUUUUUGUUUCCUUCUUUCAGAUUCUCGACCUCCUCAAAGGGGCUCUCCAAUGGCAUCCCCUCUCAGGAACUCUCCAGUUUCCUUUUCACACAGUACUGACGCAGACAGUGGCAGCAACUCAAAUCUGCAGUAUCACUUCACUGACAUAGCACAUAGCAAAGACCUUGUGAAUGCUCUCAAAUUUUUGCGUCAAGAUGAGGACUUGUGUGAUAUUGUUCUUAGGGUUGGUGGUACCAAUAUUUCAGCACACAAAGUUGUGUUAUCUGCAAGUAGCCCAUACUUUAAAGCAAUGUUUACUGGUAAGUUGCCUGUUAUUUCAGUUGCAACACUAUUAGAGGAUUAAUAAGAGAAAAAGAGACCCUUUCCCACCCCUCUCCCCCACAAAUUCCUUAAAUCCUACCUAUACCCCUGCACAGUACCAAAUGGUGUGGGUAGGGGUAAAACUACCACCUGGUUAGUUCAGUUGGGAGAGUGCCGCUCUGCUGAGAAGGGGGUCGUGGGUUUGAACCCCAGCCGUACUAACACUCAGGGUCUUUAAUUGACUGAGAAGAAAGUGAUGCCUUUGUGAUGACAUCUGCAAAUGGUUAGACUUUCUUACUAGUCUUCUUGGAUAAGGAUGAAAAACCAUAGGUCGCAUCUCACAGCACUAACCCCUUGUAAACACUUGUAAACACUUAUCUGUUUUUUUGGGAUGUAAAAAACUCAAACCAUUGUUUGAAAAGAGUAGGGGAUGUAGACCGCGGUGGUGUGGUCAACCUCACACAUCAUUCACAUCAUGGGUUGGAUGAGCACAUUAACCUCAUAAUAGUGGCUGCCAGUGGCGCCUUUGUAUGCUGACGUCAGAGCUUACUGUUAACAUGUUAAUAUAUAUUGUAAAGAGGGCACGUCUGUUGUCUCUCAUCCAUGACUCCUUCCUUCCUUCCUUCUUUUGGGGAUGAGUGAACAUUUUAUGAAACAGUUCAUUGAACAGAAGUUGCUUUCUUCUGUUUGUUACAUGUAUAUCACUCUAAAGCGAAAUCAGGAAUUGUUUGCAGACGUAGUGAACCCUAAAGAUCACAUUCCACCAUAGACAAUCACCCUCUGACAAUGUCAGUUUAGGUAACAUAGGAAAUACUUUACUACAGUUUUAAUUUUGGAGGCUUGCUGUUAUGGUGUGAUCAUUCAAUAAUACCCUAUCAGCAGCAUUGUAUCAAAGGAGUUCAACUUUUUUUGGCUGUUUAAAGUUUAUUAGAAUUAAGUGGGUUAAGUCAGGAAUCAGUGUACUUUUAGUUUUGUAUUGUGUUUGUAAGCGAUCAUGCAGCAUUGACUAAUAAAAUAAAAUCUCUUGUCAAUUUUCAGGGGGCCUAUCAGAGAGUCGACAAAACACAGUGACACUUCAGGAACUUGAUGAGCAUGCAAUGGAGACCAUUGUGGACUUCUUUUAUAGUGGUGAAAUGGAGAUAUCAGAGGAUAAUGUUCAAGAGCUGUUACCUGUAGCUUGUCUGCUUCAAGUGCAAUCUGUUCAGCAAGCUUGCUGCGAGUUUCUUAAAAGGCAACUUAGUUCAGAGAAUUGUCUUGGUAAGUUGAGUACAAUACAAACCUCUAAUAAGUGGACACACUAAACCCAACACGAUUCUACCAAAGGAAGGAUCAAAAUUGCAGUGUGGACCAUGACUAAGUAACCUCUUGUAUGAGGUAUCCAUUAAGCCUGUGACAUAUAUAUGGUUUAACUUUUGUUGAUCAACAAAUACAUGUAUUGCCGCCCUGGCUAUUCAACAAGUUAGAGCUUGUUGAAUUGAAUUCACCCAUCUCUAUUUUUGUUGAACACUGGUUAAUAAAGUUUAACAUGUUAAUUAAAUGAGCUAAUUCAAUAGUCAACAUAAUAUGAUACACUUUGCAGCGAUGAUUUGUUGUUGUUCAAUUUUGAGUCGCUGGCUUUAGUGGUGGCUUGACUUUAGAUUGACUAGCAUUUUUCUGGAAGCCAGAGUGCAAAAUUGAAUACGUGUACAGUACACUUUUGACCUUGCUGUCCCCGUGAGUAGUAUGCAGGAAGUGUGUGUACUCUCCUAUGAACUCAGCAAAAUUUAACGGCCUUGCCCUCUACAAGUCUGUCUGAGCUCAGCUGACAGAGCACUGGCCGAGUGUUAAGGGAAAGCCCAGGUUUUAAAUCCUGUCAGUGGUCAAGAGUUUUUUUUUCUUUUACCCAAGCUCAUAACAUGAUCUUCAAGUUGAACCUUUAUCAAGCAUUCAUCCUUGGGGAAGGGACAAAUGUCCACUUAACCCUUUAAACGCGAAGAGUGAUCAGCAUGAAAUUUCUCCUUAUAAUAUCAAUACUGUAGAAAUUAGAGUGGUCAUGAGAAUUGAGUGCAUGAUCAGGGAAUAUGGGUCUAAUUGAUAUUUUCACAAAUUCUCCCCACUACCUCUGUUGAAAAAGUAUAGGAACAGUAAAUGAGAAUCUCAAUUUUUAAUAUUAGGGUUUUAAAGGGUUAAUAACCGUUCUGUUUACAGUGAUAAACUGAUAAUUUUUGUCCACUGGGAGUUGGGAACUGGUCACUGAAUCGAGGGCAGCCCCCGGGGGGUACUGCCAUAUAUGGGCUAUAUAGGUAUGUGCCGCUGUGAAGGGUAUGGUUUUCAAGCAGUUUACUCUAAGAUAGGGUAUAUAAAUCAGAGCGUUUGGGUCUAGAAUAGGGUAUCAUUUUUCAGGAAACUGAUCAAUUGGUUGAAGAUUUUAUCUAGACUAGGGAAGCAGCUACUCUAGGAUAGGGGGAUUUGGGGAGUUUACUCUAGUAUAGGGUAGCAAAAUUUAGCUGCACUAGCUCUGGUAUAGGUUAAGGGUUCCAGGGUCCCAGCGGCACAUCCCCUCCCAGAAAUUCCUAAUUCCUAGAAGGCCAUCUAUUAGAGUUUCAAUGCUAUAAAAAUCUUCACAAAAAAUGCCAAAAAUUUUUAGCGAGAUCAUCACUGUAAUUAAGGUUUUGAAUAUAUUGGUGUAAAUUACAAUUUAUUAGAUGGUCUUUAUCAAUUUUUCCUUCUCUUAUCAUAUUUUUUUUGCAGGAAUUGUUGCCUUUGCUGAUCGACACAACUGCACGGAGUUAGUGACGGAGUCAGAGUCCUUUGCAAGGCAACAUUUUAUCGACGUUGUCCAGAAUGAAGAAUUCAUGGACAUAUCAGCCAAGCAGUUGUCACGGCUUCUAGCUAAUGAUGAUCUUAAUAUUCUGUCUGAAGAGCGUGUCUUCGAAGCAGCUUUGGCUUGGAUUAAAUACGAUCCUGACGUUAGAAAGGUACGUUCACAUAAGGACCAACAUCCGAUUUCUCCUUAUGUGUGUCACACUUAAUCUAAAGCAAAAGCAAUGAGAAUUCAGGAAAUGAUAAGAUAGUCUUGGAUUCUCGAUAUGAAAUUAGAUUGUUUUGUUUUACGAUUUAUAUUACUACAUGAGAAAUUUCUGCGAUUUGAUUGGCUCAGAGCAGUGGUAUUUCAGUUUAAUUUGAAAUACCUACUCGUAAAAAAUUACAAACCAUUUGUGGGUAGUAGUAUAAACAAAUAAUAGCAUGAUUUGUACGUGAUAUUUGGCAUAAAUACCACUUGUGAUAGUUCAAAAUUGUCUCAAAUUUCACUCGCCUACUGGCUCGUGAAAUUACGUGACAACACCUCUGAAAUAUCACUCUUGUAGAUGGCGCUAAAAUAUCAUCAUCAAUCACAAGUAGUUACCCAAGUACUAAUAAUAUAUGAACACAAGUUUGUUAACAUAUUUUUCGCGCACACUGAAACGCAUCUAGUUGUCGCAUCCAUCAGCCAACAGUAUUUUCGUACUAUUUAAAUAAAAUAUUAAAAUAUCAAAACACAUGUCUGGAAAUAUGCCGUAAUACAGACUUUUGAUUGUUUCUAAUUUUUUCGUUGUUGUUUGUUUUUACUGGCGAAGCCGUGUAUUGAGCACAGAAGUUUUGCUAUUAAAACCUGUUUUAGCUGUUCAGCAGUAAAGAGCUGUAGACCUUCAUGAUUAUCAAAAGAACCAUUUUCGAGAGUAUUUUCGAUAACCUCUGUUUUUUAAGGCUUUAAUCUGGACGCAAUUUCAAAACGCAUUAAAAUUAGUGUACGUAGGAUCCAUGUACGUUUUUACCGUUCUACACUUGUAUUAGGCGGUCUGAUUUGACUGUUGGUACGUUAUUUGUUUUCAGGAGUCCGCACGGCACCCGGGCAACGUCAGAUUUCCUCUCACUGCCAGAAUUCGGUAUUCGAUAGAGCGCCGCAACCAGCACCAUCAGAAGCUACCAGGGCUGGCAAAAGUCAGUGAGAGCUUUUGGUCUCGCUUAAAAAUGAGGUUGCAACUGAUCAGCAAUCCCAACGGUAGCUGGUACAUGCAGGGAUGCUUGCCUUUGUAGUGGGAAAAGAACUUGCUUUGGUAGCUUUCGAGCUAGUUCAUGACACCCCGCCGCUUGGAAUUAUUGUGAAACAAACGGCGAAAAUUGUUAUUACCGGAUGAAAACCAACCGCGAAUGUAGCCAGUUAUUUACAAGCGUACAUCGAGCGUCAACAACAACCAGCCAGUUGUUUAUGGACGGACCUCGAACCCCGAGUUUGACGUUUGACUGUUCGGCUACGCUACCUCUCUGUACGUAAUUAUGAUAAUUACGAAUUUGUUUUUGCAUUUCAUUCAACAGCGAUCUGUUAUUUGAGGCCGCCGAAUGUCUUCUUCUCCCAAAACGCCGAUCUCAGAUUCGCAAUCAGAGGGUUUCACCCAGGAGACCCACAACUGUGAAUCACGUGAUGUAUGCCAUCGGUGGAAUGAGCCGUAGAGAAGCCAGCAAAAGCGGAGAAAAAUAUGAUCCGCGUGAGAGAAAAUGGAAGACUAUCGGUAAGAUCACUUGAUUAAACUCAGAGUAAACGUAGUCUUCAUUUGCUCAGGAAUAAUGAAGGGUGUCGCGAACAUCUGGACUGUAAGAAGUCUCGUGCAUUCCGUUUGUAUCAGAGAUUAAGCGAUUCACGCCAGCGCGCGGAAAAUGGCUUCUAUUGAUAAUAGUGAGUUUACGCAACAUGACGGCAGGAUGAAGAGGACGGCAAAACACCCGUGUGUGACCAACAUGACAGGGCUAUUACUUGCGUGUUUUGUCGUUUUGUCUUCAUUUAACACCAAUGUUUUAUGCAGUUAUGCAGUUAAGGUAACCUUAAGUGUACUUGUAUGUCCCUCUACUUUAGGCGACAUGAACAUUUGCCGCUGGGGUGCCGCAGUUGGUGCUUUAGGUCCUUUUCUUUACAUCUGCGGUGGCAGUGAUGACGCGUCUCGACUGGAAACCGUGGAACGAUUUGAUCCGUUCACAAACGUGUGGGUGCCGUCUGUUCCAAUGUCGUCAAGUCGCAAUGGUGUUGGUGUCACAGCGGGGAAUGGCAGGAUAUAUGCAAUAGGUACGGAAUGUGUAUUGCUCAACAGUUGUGAAAUUGUACAUUUUUGUUGGUUAAGUUAAAGGCAUUCAAUAUUUCACAGAAGAACUGAGCAAAGUAUUUUUUGGUCACGCAGCACAGCUUUAUUUUGUUGAUUUUUUUCUUCUUUUGUCCGAUCGUUGAUCGUUGUGCUGAGUUUCUGAACGCAUUCUUCCCAGGUGUAGAUCCAGGCAGGGGGAGGGGAGGGUGGCCUUCUUUGGGGGAACCAAUCAGAACUCAGAGCAGGUGAAGCUGGUGGUAAGCGCGGGAACUCGCGUUCGACCAAGUCACGACUGAUUUUGAUGUUACGUCUGAUUGGUUGAAAAAGUGGCGCGAGAUUGUUUCAGCCAAUCACAAGGCGCAGCUCAUUAUUAAAAUUACUUUCGACAUUUAAUUGAAAUCUAGUUUAUUUCUUGAAUGUUGCAGGUGGUUUUGACGGUUCGAUGCCAUUAAAUACGGCUGAGUACUAUGACCCUAAGGUUGGCAAAUGGACGGAGAUUGCUCGAAUGAAUCAAUGUCGGUUUGGCGUGGGUUGUGCUGUACUAAAUGACAUGGUGUACGCUGUUGGAGGCUCCGAUGGAACUAACCUUAAGACUGUGGAACGAUACGAUCCUGACACAAACACUUGGAAGAUGGUUGCUUCUAUGAGCACGGCAAGGUUUGUUCUCAAACUCAUUAAUAAUUGAAGUGUCUGGGUUAUUUGAUGAACAAUUUCUCGUUUUUGUAUGGCAGAGGUUAUUUUUUUCUGGGGGAAGUUACACCACAAUCUUGAAAGGGUGUUUCAUACAAUAUCAAACACCUUGAAUUUUGUCGAAACAUUCUCUACAACGCGUUGUGUAUAUAUACGUGAUGAAACACCGUGUCUUAUGUUGUUUGCAAUAAUUUCGAAUUGACUUAUGGCCGUGCGAUACAUUAAUUCCCAACGUUGAAGACUCGGCAUAGUUUUUUCAAAUCGUUGAGCCUCAUACUUCAUUACAGUAUCGAAUCUAUUGCUGAGUAGAUACAUAGCUACAGUUGUAUUAAGAGCUCCUUUCCAGAUAUAGAAAUUAGAGACACGUCUGAAGCUUUAUCGGUAAUAGAGAAAUUUGCCAUCACGUUCACGCCUAACGGUCAACUGUUCAUCUACAAUUACUCAUUUUCCUCAAAACCCAUUGUUUUCUCUCUGCAUGACAUACUCAUAUGCUGAGAGCAAAAUUAUGUAAAUCAGUCAAGUAUGUCAGAAAACUGUAAUGGCGGUGUUUCUGAAUAGCAAGAAGACUACUGCCAGCAUAAUAAUUAAAAUAAAUAUUCUGCAAAUACAAUGUCUUAACUUAGAGUUGACAAACAACAACAAAAAAAGUUUUUACCUUACACUGACGCUAGAUUUUUCAAGAGGUAUUCCGUUCCAGCGUUUUCUUUUGUUAGUGUUUUCAUUAAUAUUUUCUGAACAAACACAAAAUGCACGCGGUUACAUACGAGUGGUCAGAAAGUUUUACUCGAGGAGAAUAUGAGUUUAAACAAUUCAAAGCCAGUUCAAACUUGUUACCUUCACUUAGUUUCCUGACCAUCUUCCUAGUAGCUGCUACAAAAUAACGUCUGUGCAAAAUGAACAUGGCUUCAUACUCUGAACUGCUUUCUCCCAGUUUGGUACAAAGUCUCAAUCGCAGUGAACUCAUUCUGCACAAACUACUCGGACGUUAUCAUACAUUAUGUAAAUUUCUUGCUUGUGAAAAGACUUUCGCAUCGUAACUUCAUCCCUAGGCUCUCUCCUCCCUUUCCUCGGAGCAAGAGAAGUAGAAAAAAAGAUACUGGUUUGGGAGCGAGUUUGUUCGUUUUCAAAUGAUUAACCAAACACCCAACUCACUUAGUAUAUUCAACGGCAUGAAACCGACCUUGAUUCUGCGAUUGCUUAUUUCGGACAACAACGUCAGUAAAAGACUAGCAAAUAACACGCGAAUGUUUUCCUCUGCUCUUUAUUUGCUUCACUCUCCACGAUCUAAACGCCCGCAACAGGCUAAAACAUCACGAUCUGCAUCUUAAACAAGUAACAUAACAAUUAUAUUCCCUUACAGGAAGCAAGUGGGCGUGGCCACGUUAGGGGGCUUUCUCUACGCCAUUGGGGGGUGCGACCAUGGGCAUCGCUACGAUAGCGUGGAACGGUACGACCCAGGAAAGGACCAGUGGGUAGUUGUAGCACCUAUGAGUACCCCUCGAAGUGGGUGUGGUGUUGGAGUGUUAGAUGGUUUUAUUUACGUGGUAGGAGGAUACGAUGGGACGUCGUAUUUGAGCUCAGUUGAAAGGUAAGCUGUAGUUGAUCUAGAAGCGAGUUGAAGUUUUUUUUUGGUCAUUUGAACAGUGUUCGUUGAUUAAUUUAUAGUAAGCAAAUGAGUUUCCUUGUUCCCUUGUACUGGUUUCUGAAAAGUUUGUUAACAUACGAAGUACUGCAUUCAUAUGCUAUUUGUAACAUGGUAAGCAUUCAUAACGAAAAGUGUAAGCGGACGUAAAGGAAAGGACAGUCCUAUUGCACGCUUUUUUACAGCUUUCUCAGCAUUCUACAUCGGUGGAUAAGUUGGUAAAUCAAAUUUCGUGUUUCAUUCUCCAAUCGAAGCCCCUUCACCAGAAUCCUUCAGUUCGUUGUUUUAUUAAGGCUAUUGUUUUAAAACCCAGCGAAAUUGACAAAUUUAAAUAACAAAGCAAAAACGAAAUGAAUUCUGGUAGUUGCAGUCAAAUGUCGUCCUAGUGAAAAUGGCCUGUUUGGGUUUUCUUGUCUAGGUACGACCCACUGUCUAACGAGUGGCAUCAAGCACCCCCUCUUAGCCAGCCGAGGGAUUGUGUAGCAGUUUGCGUGGCCAGUUGUAAAAGAUCGUUUAACAAACGACUCCUGGACCCCUCAUCAGGCAGAACACCGGCUGUUUAGAGAAAUUACUGCUGAAAGGAUCAAGGCAUUGAUCGUAAGGACGAGAUGAAAGAAAUUUCCACGGACGUGUAUGAAGUGAGGAUAAGAGUUAUUUGCACAAGAGUGAAGCAGGAAGGAAAAGAUCUUACAAAAACAGAUGGUGGCGAAUAGUAACACUGUGGCGUGAGGUGCAAGGUAACAGGUUUAGACUACAACUGCGCGGAAAUUUACAAUUGAAAGAAAGAAACCCUAUUUAAGGUCCGGUGUAAGCGCUGGCAUGACGCUGAAACCACGUGAUCAAAUGCAUGUGAUCAGAUAACCAUGGCCGGGAGCGAAGCAGUGUCACGUGAUUGACAUUGGCACGUGUGACGUGCGUGUGUAAAAAGAAAAGUUUGUUCAAAACAUAACUUCUUUUAGGUUGUUUUCGUUAGGUAGGGAGUAACGGAAAAAAAACACCGUUGAGUGAUUUAAAAAUGCUAAAGAGGAUUUAUGAACUAGGAGCGUCACUGAUGAAAUAUAAAGAAGUUUCAAGUAAUUCACAAUAAUAGAAAACGAAAGUACUGAGAUGAAGUACUGUACUUGAACUACAUUGUUUAGUAGAAUAUUUAAGUUGUAUUAAAUCCAGAUACACGAAUUAAAACCGGAUAAAUAUUAUUUAAUUAUAGUAGAGAUCAUAAAAAACACUAUUAUUGUAAAUAUCGAAUUCAAGACAUUGUUAAGCAGACAACUGAUCCUAAAACUUAUGAGAUACCUCUUUAUCUCCUGCUACUCCUGGGUUUUGUCAGUAAAAUAAAGGGGGAAUUGGGUGUUCCUUCCAUCCCCCAGGUCUUCUCCCCCCCCCCUCCCCGUAACCCUUAACUUAAUAAAUCUUGCUUCCCUGGAAAGUAUAAUUUUCAUGGAAGCCGUUUUCGGAUAAAUUUUUAACAUCGAAUGUAACUUUAACAUAUGGGAUUCAGUUGUAAGACAUACUUAUGAAUAUUAUAUAAACAUCAUUAGCAAAAUAUAGCUACGAAAAUG